AUGGAAAGUAUUCCUGAAAUAGGUUACGGCUAUGUGAAUCCGCAUGCUAGUCUCAUAUAUCCAGAGGGUUUUAAUGAUGAAAUCUUGCAAGCGCACACCACAAGACGGGAUAUUCUUCCCGCAUCAAUUAAGGAUGCUAGAAUAGUAACAGACAAUGGCAGCCAUUCAAAAAAAAAGCUAGGCGCUGUCUCUUCUAAGGGAAAUCUUGUACCUCAUCUACCGACAUUUUCCAAAACUGUACCAGCAGAUAGACCAACUGUACCAUCUAAUUCUUCAAUGACCAAUCGCCGUAAUUCUUGGUUAUCUAGCAUAUCUUCGCGGCUCUCCUCGGCCUCCAACAGCCUUCAGCCUCCAGUUAUAUCCACCAAGUUCCCGAUAUCGGCCAACGAAAAUGCUGACUCAGCUAUACCAACUUCACCUAAGGUCGCCGUGGUUCCCAAGCCCUGCGGAAUCUCACCUCAUACACCUUCCUCCCCGCGAUAUAGUCAGUCAAAUUUUUUACAGAGUGCAUUCCGGAGAUUAUCAAACUCUGGCGGUUUGCAAUCUAUGAAGAGCAAUCACGAAAAACAAAUCUGCGAGAGGAGAAUAUUGAAUAUAGACCAAAAUCGAGAAAGAUGUCGAAUCAAGGAGUUAAAUGGCAUUAAAUUACGGAAAGUAGCAUUUUGUGUCGAUGUGGAGGUGGCAUGUGAGACAAAAUAUCAUGACGAAAGAGAUGAAAAUGAAAGGACAUCCGGAAAAAGACAAAAAAAGAAGCAGGCCAAUAACUCUGAGGAUAAUAAAAAUGAACUCGACACAUCAAACUCUGUCAAGCAGCGGGAAAAGUUAGACGAUGUGCCCUCCGGAGCAAUUUCAGGGGUGGCUAAUAAUCUACCUGGUACCGAAAAAGAAAGCAGGAAAAAGCAAAAGAAAAAGCGGAACGAAGAGGAGCGAAAGGCACGAAAAGAAAAAAAAAGGGAACUGGCAGAAGAGAACGGUAUUUUGCCGAUCGAGUUUGUCAAGAACAAUAGCGAUACGUCAUUAGUGAGCUCUGUCAAUAAUUCAAAGGCACAGUCUUCCCCUACCACAGAUCCAGUGCGUAUUUAUCGAAGAUGCUGUCAGCUUCGAGAAACUCCGAUCUUGCAGGGAAUCAUAGAACAACUUGCAGACACCAAAAACCACAGUCGUAUACCUGGAGUGCUACAUAAAAUUGACCUCACCGGGAUAUGGCUUGAAUUUUCCAACCUUACUACGCUUUGUGAUUACCUUGCUAUUGUUCCAGUUAACGAACUGAUCAUGGAAAAUUGUGGAAUGAAUGAUGAAGGUUUACGUAUCAUACUUGCUAGUCUUCUGGCUGCUAAAUGUCCAAAUUGGGAGAGUAGAAGAGCAAAAGGUGCCAAAGAUAAGCAAACGACUCAAGGUGGAUUUAUCGAAAAAGUAAGCCUGAAGAAUAAUCCAAAAAUUGGGGAAAAUGGAUGGUUGUACAUUUGCACAUUUAUUGCCAUGUGUCGCUCGCUUAAGUCAAUGGAUCUCUCACAAAUACCAUUUCCUCAGACGCCUAUUGUGAAUUCGACGCCCCAAAAUGAAACACUAAAUAGUAGUAGAAGGUAUAUCGGCGGCACUUCUAAAAUACUUGGGAAGGCCAUUGGAAAUCGUUUAGGGGGUAGAGGCCUAGAACUCUUAAACAUUGCAGAAAGUGGUCUCCACUCAAAUCAGCUGGGAGAUUUGGUUGAUGGCGCAAUCAAGUCAGGCCUAUGUCGUCUUGGCAUCGCUGGAAACAAUAUCAGUCCAGAGGGUAUGCAACAUAUUGUUCGCUUCAUUCGUGAGGGCCAUUGCGAGGGACUAGAUCUAGGAGGGAACGACUUAAGGGAUCAGCUCAUCACAAUAGCUGAAGCUUUGAAUGAAAAAAACGUCUUACAUGCUUUAAGUCUUGCAGAUUGCAACCUCAUCCCUGAAUCGCUAUGGGCCCUUUUUCCGGCUCUAGUAAAACUAAAAAACUUCCGAUUUAUCGACCUUUCAAAGAAUCCUGAGUUAUUUAGUUCUGAGCCUAGCGCACUCUCAUUAUUUCGGAGGUACCUGCCGAAAAUUAAAACGUUGAAGCGAAUUCACUUAAAUUCUGUAUCCCUGACGGCAGAGCAAGCUAUAGCUUUGGCUGAGAUACUGCCUGAGUCUCAGACUUUGGCGCACAUCAAUAUAAUGGAUAAUCCCCUUAGAACCUCUUUAGUCGCCACAGAUGGGAAAAACAAAGCUACUCAAGAAGAAGCUUGUGCACUCUACGCAUCACUCAUGGCUGCUGUUCGUGUUAGUAGAUCGAUCAUCUGCGUUGAUAUUGAAGUCCCAUCGCCAGAGUCUAGCGAAAUUGUUAAAGCACUCGCAAAACAGGUCGUAGCUUACUGCUUACGAAAUAUGGAGCAUGGUCCAGUAGCCGAGAUUAGUGCCAAUUCUGACAGUUUUCCAGAGGAAGAGAAAGAAGUAGAGAUUCCAGAUGUCUUGCUUAAACUUGUUGGUCAUAGUGAGAAAAUUAUAGCUGAUAAACCAGAUGUAAAAGAUUCCUCAGCUGCUGACGAAGACUACGUAAUUGGUGGCACAGGCGUAGUAAAGGCAUUAAGCAUUUGUUUGAGGAAUCGUGGAAAUAAUUCAAGGCCUCCGUCUACCCUAUCAGAAACACAAGUCUCGAGAAGUACAACAAACCUUCAAGGUGAACCUGCAAAGGAUAUGAGUAAGAAUUUACUUGGAAGUGCCAGAAAUAUUCGUGCCCGCUUGCAACCUGCAGUAAAAGAGGCAAAAGCUGGAGAUGCGGCCAGUUUCCAGAGAUUGCUCUUUUUGGAUGAAACCCUUGACGGUAUAAUUAGGCGCUUCGAAGAUGAAUUUCCGGAAACUCGUCUACCAUCUAGAACUACUAGCUCGGCUGGAUCUUCCAGAAUAGUUCAAACUGGCUCUGAUGAAAAUGAUUCUACAGAAUUAGAAACUCCAGAUUGCGAAAUGGAGCCUAUUGACACCGAAACACAGGUUCUAAAUGAUAAUAGCUCCUGCCUCAGGCCGGUUAUAAGCCGACACAACUCAGAUGUCUCAUUGGCUAGUCGUGCCUUGGGUGAAGAGGAAGGCAGGAUUCAUCGUUAUGGCCAGCAACUCAAGAGAAGUAUAUUGAACCCCGAUGGAAGUGAAAUUAACGAUAAAAGUGUGUUGGUCGAAUGGCCAGUACAUUUGGAAAUGUUACGUGGAAUGAUGGAAGGCAUGGGUGGAGAAGAAAUAAAAGAUCGUAUACUAACCGAGGGACACAGCACUCUCUUCGAAGAGUUGGACAAUAAGUCCUCCGCUUUACACCAGAAACUUAAAAGCCAGGAUCCAGAGGCCUGGCAAAAAUUUGUUCACAGCCAAGAAAUCAUUAAAAGGACCUAA